UUUGUUUUUGUUCGUGACUAUAAAUCCUCGUCAAUUCAGUUGCCAACUGUCAGUAACAACUAACAUAACAGACUACAAUGAGCAAGGUAGUGAGCAUCGUUUUAAUUUUUGCCGUCGCUUUAGGAUUCGCUGACGCGAUCUUACGUUUGGACAAUGAGUCAGAACUUAGAGAAGCUCAAGCAGCACUUUUCAAUGUUAAUUCAGAAUCAGGAUGGCUUUUGCUUAAUUAUGUUGGUCCCAGUACUGUACAUUUUGCAGCAGGAGGAGAGGGCGGUGCGGAAGAUGUUGUUGCUCAUUUAGAAGAUGACCAAAUCCAGUACAUACUGAUCCGUGAAGGAGGAAUUCAGGAAAAAGGGACUUCAAAAACAACUAUUCGCGAUGUAUUCAUCGCUUGGAUUGGACCUAACGUUGGAUUUAUCGAAAAAGGCAAGAAGACGGCGUUCCUUGGAGACGCUGAGAGUAUGCUACAACCCUUCCAUGCUAGCAUUACAGCGCUGAACAGGGAUAACUUCAACGAUGAAAACAUAAUCGAUCGCUCGCAUCCACUUUCCGGUAGUCAUGUAAUUGAUUGAAAUAGCUGCAACUUUUGAACUAUCCGACAAUAAAUUUUCUAUUGCAAUGAAUAUGUG